AUGGGGUCCCAGGCCAGAUCUGGGGCGGCAGGUAUGGGUAUGGGUAUGGGUAUGGCACCCGAUGCAAAGAAUCAGGCCGAUAUAGACAGGAAGGGUGAGAAUGGGGUCUUCUCCGUCACCGCGCCUUGGGAUAUGCGUGGUAAGAGCGGUGGGUGGUGCUGUCGAUGUGAUAAUGGAUAG